AUACGUCAUUGUCAUUUGCCAAAACAAAUGCACGUGUGACAGCACAUUUACAGUAUAUAGUUUUAUGGAAGUAAUUUUAUAAUUCACAAUAAAAAUGGGUAAAAGAAAGUACGAUAACGAAUCCUGCGAAGUGACAAAGAAAAAUAGAAGUGACAGUCAUUCAGAAGGAAAUAAUAAUAUGGAUGUCGAUGCAGAACAACCUCAAAAUGAAGAGGAUUCUGAAAUUGAAACCACAAAAUCAUCGAAAUCUCAAUUAUUUGAUGUUAAACACUUCAGAAAGGAACUAGUAGGAAAACAAGGACAAACUAUGGCUUUGACACAGUUUCUUCAAGUCUGUCUCAAUCCAGAUUGUGAUGUGGAUUACAUGUUUAAGUACCUAAAGGCCGGAGGGAACUCUCAUGAGAUAUUGAGACAGAUAACACAAGACAAUAAAAAGAAUUUAACUCUGGCUACACCAGCUUUUCAUCUCUUUCACUUAAUCAUACUAAAAGUGCAAUCUUCACUUCCACACAUGAUAGCCAUUACAGAGGAAGCUUGUCGGUACUUCUUGAAUACAUUUAUUCCAACCAUUGAAAUCAUGGUAAGUGAGAAUUCAGGUCCACGUCAUAGAAAAAUUGUCUUAAAUCUACUUACAUCCAUGGUGACGUUAAACUCUGAAUUAGGUGUAGAAAUUCUUAAUCAAGUACCUUUGACACCUAAAAAUUUACAACAUGUUGUUGAGAAGCCGAAUUAUAAAGAGAAAGACAAUGUCAGAACGGCAUUUGUACAUUUUAUGACAUCAUUUCUUGUCGACGGUCAUUUGCCUCUGACAAAAGCAUUGCUUGAAAAACAAGGUCUACUGUCAUUAGUCAUCCCUGGAUUGGUUCAAGAUGAGGCAGAUGCCGUACUGAUGUUCCUGAAUAUAUUAAAAAAGAAUGUCAUUGACAAUACUUUCAUUUCUAAAACAUUAAAAUUAAAAACAUUCAGUCAUCAAGUUUUACACAAUUUAUUCAGAUUGUUUACAUGGAAAGGACCUCCAGAAUCAAGUAAUGAAAACAAAGAUGAGUCUCGAAAUGAGAUAAUGACAUUAUUGUCUGAUAUUAUACUCACAUUGUUCACAUCCCAUAAGCUCGGAAUUUAUUUCAUCGACCCAACAUUGGGCACCAGUGAUGUAAAUAAAAAUCAAAACCUUUACAAGGCUAUGCAAUCAUUAAAAAGACCUUGGGAAAAUGAAUUUCAAUCUGAGGCUGUUCUUCAGAUAGUCUACAAGUGUCCUGACCUUCACAGAGCACUUAUUAAUGUCAUAGAACCAAGUUUCCAGCCACAGCAUUCACUUAUUUGGGAGAGAACAACAGAUUUUAUUUUAAAACUACUGGACAAACUGAAACCUGAAGAAAUGGUGACAAGGUUAAACAAUCUGAAUCCUCACCAGACUGCAAAUUUCAUAAGAUUCGUAACAAUGCCGGUACCUUUAUUGAAAUUAAUAAACACAGGUAUCGGAAAAGAUCAGACGAUUUCUUUCUACUGCAUUAAGGUACUUGUAAAAAUGUUGCAAACAUUGAAAAGGUAUAUGCAAAUUAUCGAAUUGGAUGACUCAAAUGUUAAGAUCCUAGAGCUUAAAAACAAACUUGAAAAUUUCCUGCCUAAACACAUGCCAGCUCCAAAUUUAAUAGUAUCCUUGAUUAACGACAUUAUUGAUGAUAAAGUAAGUGAGGAAACACCACAAGACUACAAACUACCAGCACAAAAUAAAGCAGAUUCACUGCUAUCUUUACUAGAGCUGCUGUUGCUUUAUAAUUAUCUAUACCCAGCCUCCAUCGAGACUAUUGAAGGCACUAUUAAUAUGAAGAAGAUUUUAGAUAUUUCCACUACACUUUCGUCUGGUCAUAUUUCCCUUUUGAAAUUUAAAAUAGUUUCUCUAUGGCUCGCAUUAGAUAGUUCUGUGUUGACAUUGCAAAAUUCAAUGUUUAAAGAUUUGUUUUUAAUGAUGUUGGACAUAUUUACGAAUGAUGAAGACGAUACAUGGGUGGAAGCGAAAGAUACCUUGUACAUGUUCUUUAAGAAUACUGAAAUAUUCGAAGCCGAUGAAGACGAAAUACAUUUGAUUCUUUAUACGUUAAAAAACAGUGAAGUAAAUCCUAUAUCCUUGAUAGGAGAUGUUAUUGAACAUGUAUUAAAAAAUAAGAAUGAAUUAUCAGAGUACAUAAAAAACCAAAUGGUUAAUUUUGAGAUUUCAGACGGAAAUAGUAUGACGAAUUUAGAUAAACUAUUUAAUGAUUUGAUGCACGGUAAAACGAUCGAGGACAGUUUUUUCUUAGAAAAUAAAAUGCCUUCGACGUUCAUUGUAGGUUGCAUACAAUAUAUACAAAAUAACAAGGAUGCUAAAACUCAUUUAAAAUCAUUUUUAUGUCUGUACAUAGCUAAUUUGCUACACAGUAACUAUUCACCUCAGCUCACAGAAGUUCUAAUGAGUGAUUCUAAAUUAGAUAUCAGAACUUAUAUUGCUGAAUGGACAGUUAGACCAGUUUGUUUUCCAGAAAAUAAAAGCAAUGAUGUUACAUUAAUAAAUAUAUCAAAAUCUGUAAUUGGAAAUGAAGAUAUACCUUUAACAAAUAUAUUUCCGUCAUUAGUAGAAUCAUCAGAUGAAAUUGAUUUGUCUAUAAUGGGUGUGAACUACAAAAUAGAUGUAACAAAACAGAUAAAUAGUUCGGAUUUGUACAUAUGGUCGAAAUAUCUUAUGUUUUGUAUUGUAAGAUUGACAAAUAUGGAUAAUCUUACACGGGAACAGCAAAAGAAGAUUUUAAACUAUUUCGAAAUUAUUAUUUCACUAGGAAAACGACACCUCAUGCUCAAUAUUUGCAGGAGUAUUGUACUGAAUAUGUUUAAGAAUGCCCAUUUCCUUAAAAUAUUCCAACCGAUCGAUUUAAACAAGAAAUCAUCAAAUAUUUUGGCCACUGAACUACUUGUUAAUAUAAUAGAAAAGAAUAGGGAUAUUAUAAAUUAUCUCAAUAGAAAACAUUUUCUUCUAAAGUCAUAUCAACAAAAAACUUACAACGAAAUUGUAAAAUGUUUCAUUAAAAUUAAGAAAAGGAAAACAGUUAACAGUGAACUAACUAAACGAGUUCUAGAAACCGUGGGUCUGUCUAAAGAUGAUGAUUUAAAAGUAUUUGAGAGUAUAUUUUCUGCUGAUACAGAAGUUUGCUUCAAGGAAGACAAAGAACCGAGUCUCAUACUGGAAUUGCUCUGUGUAUUGAUUAAUAAAUAUUCCGAUUCGAUUUCAUUAGAAUUAUCUAAUGAUGUUCUGACAAAAUGUAUGGAUUUAUAUGGAAAAUUGUUGUCCUUGAAAGAGAUUAUACCAAAUUUAACUAGUAUAGAGGAGUCGUUAGUAAAGUAUUUCGAAAAUAAACCACAUCAAGCUCAAAGUGUGAAUGAGGAACAUUUUAAAAAGUUGUUUUACGCGAACGCAAUUAGAAAAACAACAUCGUUGUUAGCUUAUACGAUUCUGAAAUUUAACAACAAAUUUUGUGACAUUUUUAAAGGAGAAAUGAACAGAGCUGAAAUACUCAGCCAAAGGGAAAUAACUUUACCAUUAGGUAACGCUAUAAUUGAUCAUAAUCAGUAUCUAUCAGACAACAAAGAAAUACUUACUAUGAUUUAUAAUGAAUAUAAAUCAAAUAUCAACAAGUUCUUAGAGAAACCACAUAAAGCUGGUCAAGUUUACUUAAAUUCUUCGAAGUUUAUUAGAAAAUUGCUCAUUGAAUGUAUGGAGUUAAAUGAUUGCCAGAAACUAUUUUCGAAGAGCCAUAAAUUUGAAACAGUUGAACUAAGCCAUGUCCACUUAAUGCAGACCGUGUUUUUGAAGUUAUGCCUCUCGAAAGAUGGUCACAAAAAGGAAUAUCUAAUUAAUUACUUGUUAUCCAUGUUAAAUACAACAACAUUAGCGGUUAAAGAUAAUAAAGACGCUAAUGUUGUAAGUGAAUUAGUUUCCAGUGUCAGUGAUGUGAUACAAAUAUGUAAAACAAAUGAAAAUUUCCAAGUGGACCAGAAAGAAGAGUUCAAAAAGUUGAUAGAGAGUGCAAUAUGGCAAAAUUUCUGUAAAGCCGUCCUUAAAGAUUCUUUGAAAAUAAGAACAGCCGUGCAAGAGAACAUAACUGGACCAAAACUUCUAUCAUUGCUUUCAUCCCUUGUGAAAUUAUUUUAUCCAAGCGAUCAUGAAGAUAUCGUGACACUAUUCGACAUGGUGACGUCACAUUCGGAGUUUUUAAACGUCAUGUUAAGUAAUUACAGUCCAGAUAUAAAGUCGCGUCUUUUAGAGUUUUUGAACGUUCUUAUAUCUACGAAUAAGUCUGUUAUGAAAACUCCACAAAUACCUGUAUAUUUGAGUGCAUACCGCGCCACGCGGAGCCCGAGUGAUAGAUUGAUAUUAACGAUACUAAAGUUUUACGAAAGUAAUGAUUUGCCUGUCAAUGAAUAUAAACCCUACCUUUGGGGAGAUUCGGCAGCAAACCAUUAUGCAAUCAGAAAGAACAGAACGUCAACAUUAUGGAGUCAUCCAACACCUAACCAAGUUAUUAAUUUACUGGAUAAAGAUAUAAUUGAAAAGACCGUUAGACUUUUCCCUGUAAAGCAAAAAUUGGAAUAUAAUUACGAGUUACCCUCCCAAAACUCAUAUAAAAAUAGUUUAAUGAAGAGUUAUCUCGACGGAGCUUUACGCGAUGUCAAAUCUAAAUCAAAUACUAAAGAUACGGAAGAGGCUAUCAAAAAUUUACUGUUAAAAGACGAUUACCGUAAAAUUUUAGCUGAAGCACAAACAGACGUCGUUUCAAUCUCACACGAAGAAAAUAAUGAAGGGAUAUACGACCCCUGCUUUUUGUAUCCUCUUUUGAGUCAUCUCCUGGCUCCAGGCUCCGUGGCUUCCUGUUUUAAGCUGCUAAGAACGGGUCUCCUGUCCGUGCCGGUGAUGGGACUCAGUUCGCAUUGUCCGCUGAUGCGCGCGGCGGCUUAUCAUGUUUUGCAUAGAUUCUGUUUGUUGCUGGAAACUGAGACGAGACACAAAAAUGACAAACUACUUCUAAUGGAUUUCAUUACAACAUUGCGUCAAAGUUUAUCUACCGCGAUCAAAGAUGCAGCUGCCGAAGGCGAAUUGAAGGAUAUUAAAAAUCCAAAACUACCUGCAACCGGUGCUUUAUACUUAGCCAAAGCCCUUUUAGUAGUAACUUCACCAUCUGAACCACUCUAUAAGCCAGUUAACAAUUUCCUAAUCGCAAAACAAUUUGUUGACCUGACUAUUGUCCCAGAUUUCCUAAGCCUCUUUCAUGAUAGCAAUGUAGAAGCGAUGGACAGAAGAAAUUGGAUUCUCGAUGUCAUAAGAGACGGAACGAAAUCCAUGACCGAUGUCAACGUAGUGUUCAAAACUAUGUGUCUGAAAAUGAUAUUUGAUUUCUAUAAUACAGUCAUGGCGGACAGGAAGACGAAGGCGAAAAUAUUAGGCGCGCUAAACUCAAUUGUUUCGAUACCUAGAGCUUUCGAAAUUUUGGUCGAGGGUUACGGGUUCAUGUCCUGGUUGCAUUAUGUGGUUCGUAAUGUUAAGAAAGAGGAUAAAACUAUCGUGAAAGAAACGUUCGCUUUGAUCGUGAACAUGAUUCAUAGUUUGGGUGUCAAUAUUUUUGCUAAACAUUGUGCAAAGUUCGGUGUUAAUGGUAGUGUUGAAGGUUUAUAUGAUUUUAAAAUUAAAAGCGAUGUGGAAUAUGAGAUUUUAAGUAUUGUUUAUGAUUUGCUGCCUCACACUGAUUUGUUAGAAUUUGAUGAUGUUGUUUCUUAUAUUAAACUAUACAACUCAAUUACCAAAAGGUCGAUUAAGUUUUUAUCGAAGAAGCAAAUAACUAAUAUUGUGAUUAAAUGUAGCGAGCGUUGUAAAAAAUCUGAGAGUGUAAAGUUAAUUAAUCAGGCGGUACUUAUGAAUAAUCCCAUCUUGUUAAGUAGCAAGAAUCUUACAAACUCGAUUACACCUGAAUCAAGUCUAAUAAAUGAACUCGUACAGCUUGUACAUACAUAUGUCGUUUCAUAAGCAGUGUUUAGUUUAAGACUACAUUGAAAAUAUAAAUGAUUAUUGAUU